AUUAACAAGUCUUCUCUUCUCCGACCUGGUCACAUCCUCGACGGCUCCACUCUUUCUAUCUUCUUCAUCGAAUCGUCUUCGUCCGUCGUUAUCUUCUCCAUCUUCUUCUUCUUCUUCUUCUCAGAUUCCAAAAUUUUCCUCCUUCGAAAGUCGAUUUUUGAUUUCCUCGAAUCCCUCACGCUCUGUUCAUCUCGUCCGUUCGUCUGUUCCUCUGUAUCGACAGCUUCGAAAUCGGGGUCAAACCGGCUCCGAGAUUUCUUCAGGUUCGGAAUUUCAUAUUUUUUUGGUCUGAUGGGAUCGGAGCCUCGGGCUGACCCGAGGCCCCAACUUAUUGACUUGCCCGUUCUCCAGAAAUUCAAGCUCUACAGUACUCCCUCGAAUUUUUAUUUGAUUGGGAGAGACGAGAAAAAAAGCUUUAGGAGGAUUCUUAAGAUUGAUAGAACAGAACGAAACGAGCUAAAUUUAUUUGAAGAUCCUACAAGGUACACAAAUGCAGAAAUGCGCGAGCUUAAAAGAUGGAUAAGUCGAGGCAACCAGGAGUUUGGUGGGCUUAUAUCAGUCACAACUUGCUACGGAAUCAUUGGGUUUGUGAGAUUCUUGGAGCCCUAUUACAUGCUGCUGAUAACAAAAAGAAAGAAAGUGGGCGAGAUCUGUGGCCACACGGUGUAUGGUAUUGCAGAGAGUCAAAUGAUCGUGAUUCCAAAUCCUUCUAUUCAGACUAAAGUGGCUGAUUCUUUAGACGAGCGAAGGUACAAGAAGAUCCUUAGCAUGGUUGAUCUUAGCAAAAACUUCUACUUCAGCUACACAUAUCACCUCAUGUAUAGCCUUCAGAAGAACAUAUGCAACACUGAGAAAGGAAACACUCACGACAACACGAUGUUUGUGUGGAACGCUCAUUUAACACGCGGGAUCAGAAGGAUCCUGCAGAAUACCAUAUGGACAGUUGCAUUGAUUUACGGAUUCUUUCAACAGACUAAAUGUUUGGUAUCUGGUGAACAAUUUGUAUUCACUGUAAUUGCUCGGCGGUCUCGGCAUUAUGCUGGUACAAGAUAUUUAAGGCGUGGUGUAAAUAAUAUAGGCAGAGUAGCCAAUGACGUUGAGACAGAGCAGAUUGUUUCCAAAGUGGUUCCAGAGGGUCAGAAAAUACCGAUAACAUCAAUUGUGCAGGUUCGAGGCUCCAUACCCCUCUUUUGGUCACAGGAAACUUCUGUGUUCAACCCACAACCCGAGAUAAUACUAUACAAGAAAGACGAGAAUUAUGAGGCUACGCAACACCAUUUUGAGAAUCUAAGACAAAGAUAUGGGAAACAUAUAAUCAUUCUGAAUCUUCUGAAGUCAAGUGAAAGAAAGCGUCGAGAAACCAUUUUACGGGCAGAGUUUGCAAAGGCAAUCCUAUUUAUUAACAAAGAAGCAGGGAAAAAGAACCGUUUAGAACCAAUCCAUUUUGAUCUGAGCAAACACUACAGAAAUGGAGUUGAUGGUGCAUUCGCGCACUUAUGCAUCUUUGCGAGGAAAGCAUUGGGAUUUACCGACUUGUUUUUCUGUAAAGCUCCUUCAGGUAUAGGAGCUGAAGGAGUAAUCAAUGACUCUUUUCUCAAUAACACUCUUCCGACUCAAGAAGAGGAGGCAAGUAGUGUAGAUAAUGAAGCUUUGAAGUCGGAUAUAUUUAUGCUUCAAAAUGGGGUCCUGAGGACCAACUGCAUUGACUGCUUGGAUCGAACUAAUUUCGCACAGUACGCACAUGGACUGGUAGCUCUUGGGCAUCAGUUGCAUACAUUGGGAAUCUCAGGGCCCCCUAUCGUUGAUCUUAACAAUCCCUUGGCGAUAAGUUUGAUGGAAACAUACCAAAACAUGGGCGAUAUUCUUGCGCUUCAGUAUGGUGGCUCCGAAGCACACACCAAGAUGUUUAGUGAUCUGAGAGGUAAUCGAAACGUGGUGGAUAGGCCUCGUGAGAUCAUCAUAGCUUGGACUCGUCACUACAACAAUGCUUAUCAGGACAUCCAUAAGCAGAACGCCAUCAAUGUGUUUUUAGGGCAUUUCCGGCCUCAGUUGGGGAGUCCAGCAAUAUGGGAGUUAGAUCCUGACCAGCACGACAUCGGAAGAACUAAUUCUAACUUAGAUAUCGAAAAUACGAGGCCACUAAUUAGGAGAUCCUUUUCCGAUAACAUUCUCAUGGAUGGUGAUUUGAAUCUGGAGGAGCUGGCGCAAGAAAUUGCUCAGCCAUCACGAGAAGGGUUAAACGGUGGCAUCUCGGAAACCAAUUCAGAGUUUCCAUUCUAUGAAACUGAACCAACUUCUCUAAGCUUCAGCUCGGUUAUGCGCAAUGAAGAUCAUUUGAGAAGAACAGUAUCAAGCCAGAUGUUUCCAGGCAGUAGCUCUAAUUCUAAUUCCCACAUGCUCGAUGAUAUACCUGGUUUUUCACACUCAUACAAAACUAAAUUCACUCCGGCAGAAGAAAUAUUUGAACGUUACAGCUCAAUGUCGUCAGAUAACAUCUUCACCGACCUAGACGAAUCAGUCACUUCUACAACUAAUACAAACAUGAGUUCUGAGUACCCUCGAAGAGAUGUCCCUGAAAAUGUACCUGGCUUCUCCAAUGCUUUCACUCGGUGGGUUUUCUCCGGAAGAGCAUUGUAAAAGGUUUUUGGAGAAGAUAUUGUGUCUUGCAAGGGAAGGUAACGCUGGUUACUUGUCUCGUACGGCAUGCAUGGACAGUCAUAAUAAACAAAAAGAACUGAUUAACAGCCACAUCUUGUGAAUAUCCGACUCAGCUUUGUAAAAGUCCCGUUUUUUUUUUCUUAGCUAAAUUGAUUUCUUCUUUUUCUCAUCACACACCCACAAAGUUUGUUUUUUUCCCCGUAUAUAGAGGGUUUGGUUUUUUUUUUUUUCCGUAAUGUAUUACGGCCCAAUUCUUGAACCGCAAUAGAUUGUGUGAUUAAAUCAUGCCGCAUUGUAUUGAAAAAUUACCAACA